AUGUCAGAGACUUUUAGACCAAUUGACAAUGAGAUCAAGGACCUUCACACCUUUCUUUCUCAGUCUCUUUUUUCAAGCAAAUUUAAGAACUACUUUUAUGGCUUUUUCUGUCAACUUUUUAAAGUAAAGUACAAUAGAAAAACAAAGCCAAGUGCCCAGCUCAGCUACGAAAUAUUAAUCAAUGUCGUUUUCACACUUCAGAUAACAUCACUAGCUUGAUAUCCAAACAUGAAUGUGAGUGGCUGAAGCUCAUACAUAUUCCUAUGAAAGCUAUUCGGGUGGGCCAGCUAUGAUAGCAUUUGUGCAAAUUUAGGGGUUAUGGAUUUUUGCUUUUAUGGGGACAGUUUCUCUAUUAUGUUAAAUUAAAUUGUUAAACUGGCCUUAAGUGGGCAACCCACUAGCUUUACCUCGUCUUGGAUCCAAAAAGUCUGUCUCAACAGAGCUCGGAUUCGAAUGAGGAACAUGGAAGGCUUCCAUUUCCUGUCCAAGGGAUCAACUCUCUAUAGCAGAGCCACCGACUGUAGAGUGCCCGCUGGUCCGACAAGGGAAGACCAUGUAGUAGGCAAAGCUGUCUAGCCCGUCUGGCAGGGACAGGAAAACCACCGGGGAGAGGUAACUUCAUCCUCAGCAAGACAUCCCCAAUAAGCCUAAAGGCCUACUUCAAAAAGAAACGGAGGUCCUGUUUUCAGCUUCAUCAGGAUGGGUCCUACCUGCUCCACAUGGAGCGCACCUCGGAGUGAAUUUCUUUCAAACAUCACCAUUUUAUUUAUUUCUCUAUUAAGUUAAGUUAAACUAGCCAGGCCAUACUUGGGCGAACCUACGGACCUCAGCUCGAAAGGUGACUCCAGAUCGGGUUCUGAUGUGGCCAUACUCCCAGACCAGCCGCCAUCUUGAUUUCUGGUCUGAGCCACCUGUCCUGAGGAUCAGCUCCUUUAGACAGAGCCACUUCUUGGAGAGUGCCCCGAUGUUCCCGAUGUGGGGAGACCAUGUGGUAGGAAAAUCCUGUCUAGCCCAUCUGGCAGGGACAGGGAAAACCUUCGGGGGAGAAAUAAAACUUCCUUUUCGGCAUAGCUUCCCAAUCUCUGAAGGCCUACCUGGACAGUUUCUCUAUUAGCCAUGUGCUUAGUAUCAUUCACAGUUUUUGGUUUUUUUAUUUACAUCAAAAAAGAUCCGCCAAUUUAUAUAUCUAUUUGGCCUCGCAAAAUUGCUAUGCUGCUCACAACAGUGUGCUUGGUUCCCAGUGCAAUGAUUCUAUUAAUGAUAGGAAAAUACUCAAUAAUAAGUGCCAACAUGAUCGAAGAAUACGAUGGGUUGUCUUCCUCAAUUCUUGAUUUUGGCUUUCAAGGAAUUUUUCUCUCACUUAUUGGACUUGCAGUUUUGAUAUCAAUUAAUUUAUAUUGUGAGUAUUUUUCUUGCGAUAUUCAGCAUUCCCACCCAGAAAAAAAUUUAAAAUCUAGAUCAUGUUCUCUUAUAGACAUGCAAAAAAGACUUUUUUACAUCCUCGCUUGUAUUUCAUUUUCGACUUUUGUGAACUCAGAAGCAAUCUAUCAUCAAUCCAUCUUAUUUUCGUUUUCACUGUUUUUGAGCUAUAAAUCGAUCACAAUUUUACAGUAUUUUAAUGAGCUUGAAAAUAUAAUUGAAGCUUGCAAGCUAAGUGUAAUUUCUUUUACAAUGUUAUUUUUUAUUUUUGGAGAACUCUUGGACAGUGCUUCAAUUGUAAUAGUUUUUACAAUUUUCCUUCAGCCAAUUAUUUUUCUUCUGAUAAUGAGGCUAGCUAGACGUAAUUAUACAAAGCUAAAAGAUAGCAAAGAGUGCCCAAAAAACCAGUUUGAGUUCGAAAGAAAAUUCAGACAUUUAUUAACCGAUAAAGAUCAUGAAGAUAAAUUUUGGAUAUUAGAUUUAUUUAAGACUUUUUGAAAAGCAAAUAAAUUUCAAAAAGACAAGCUUUUUGUGAUAUGGGAAUUUAACUAUUGCCUUUCAAUAGUUAAAGACGAAAGAUUAGCAAGGGUAAAAUUGUCGAAAAUUGGGAAUGCAAAAACUUCUUUUGAAGGAGAAAUCCAAGAAUGGAGGCUUUUUACGUGGCUUGUUAAGAAGAAAUGCAAAGCUUUUCCUGAAACAAGCUAUUUAGAAUUUUUAAAAGAGUUCAGCAGAAUUAGAACCCAAGAUGAAGAACUUUGCUAUUUGCUGAUAGAACUUCAGGCAGAGAUUUCUCUAAAAUCUCCAAGAAUUGAUAAAAUUAUAAACUUGUCAAAAAGAACGACGAAUUAUUUAAUAAACAUUUCCGAAGAUUUAAAAAACUUGUGUGACAAAUAUAAGAAUGUCGAAGGAUAUGAAUUAUAUGGGAGCUUUCUAGAGAAUAUCUCAAGCAAUCAUGAAGAAGCAGAAAAAAUGAUCAGGAAAAAAAACGGACUUGAAUAUUAUAAUAAGCAAAAUAAUACCAGAAAAAUAGAAAAUUACGGAAAAGAUGUGCCUAUUUUAUUGGUAUCUUGUAAUGAUAAUAAUAUUAUGUACCUCAACGAAAAGGCUUCUCGAUUGUUUAAAACUUCUAUUGGAAAUGUACUUGGCACUUCACUGUUGAAUUUUAUCCCUCAACCUUUUGAUGUUUGUCACAUGACAAAUAUUAAAGAUUUUGUUUUAGAUAGCAGCACGAUUGAGCUUCCGUCGCAUAAAAAUUUAUUUUUCAAAAAUAUUCAAGGUUACUUAUUUGAGUGCAAUUUUUUAUUUAAAUUGACAGCAUUUCACAACUGUGCAUAUUUUUUGAUUUCUUUUGAGCAAAGGAAAGCAACACGUGAAAUUGCAUUAAUUUCAGACGAUGGAUUUAUUAUGGGACAUUCAGAGCUUUUCCCCUUCUAUAUUGGCUCUAAAUCAAAAUUCUUAAAAGGCCAAACCCUAUCAUCUUUAGUCCCUAUUUUAGACACAGAUAAAAUGAGAGACUAUGAGCCCUGGCUAAUGCCUUUUAAUGGUGGCGAAAUUGCUUUUAUUAACACAAAAAAAGAAAUAAACUCCACCACAAUCCAUAAUUUUAUAAUUCUUCAUGACGACCAAGAAAUAAAAAACUGAAAAGAAGGAACUGAUCAUGACCAAUUUACGCAUUUUGCAGAUCAAGACAUGACUUUGGACUUUGACAAAUCUCAAAUAGAAGAAGGUAGAAAAGACAUCCAAGUCCAAUUUCUCUCAGUCAGCAAUAUAUCACUUUUGCCAAGGCCUUCAUUUGAAACAGAAGUUUAUACUAACGAAGAACUCCAAAUUAAAGAUAUCAGCACCCGGAGGCAAAACGAGCCUUCCCCAAGAAAUGAAGAUAAAAAAUCGGGGACUGAAGAUUUUUCAAAAUCUUCAGUUGGCUCAAAAUUUUCAAAACAAGCUCAAAAUCUCCUUUCAGAAUCUAAAAGAAAAAUUAGAAUCCUUCAAAUUGUGCUUUUUAUAGUGGUAAGAAUAAAUUAGAUGUCGUCUUUUAUAGUAGUUGUUGGUGCCAUUCUGGGAUAUAUGAUCACUGACAUAUCAUAUACGACGUCUCUAACUCCCCCUUCCUAUGAGCCCAUAAAAAUAUUGACGAGGGGGUUUAUUUUAUUUUUAAAAAUUUAUAUAAAUUUUACCAUAAUUUUUUUAAAGGAAAAAAAACCCAAUUUGGAAAGCAGAAAUUAAUUUAAUUUAUAAAAUUUAUGGUUUAAAGUGAGGCCUCGAGAGAUUUCAUUACAUAAAAUAGUGAAUUUUCCAAUGGUUUUGUUCGCUCAUGGAGGAGGAGCAAGCUCUUUCAAAAAUUUAGGACAGCUGCUAUAUGAUCUUGGGCUGUCUGCAGAUUCUGUAAGGGUUAUUGAUAAUUUAAAGAUGAUAAACAUGACUGAUGAACAACUAAAUAAUGCAGUCACAGAUUUUCAAAUUUUAAUAUCAGACUUACUCUCCUUUUUAAAAGCAAGCAAAAGCAUUGGAAAAAAAAUUCAAUGGGAAAAUUGAGCCCAAAUAAAGUCUCACUUACUUUUAAAGAGGGAGUCAGAAUCUAUCCAAGGAACAAUUUUUAAAGAUUUUGACCAGUGAAGCUAUUGUUCAGUCUCAAAAAUUGUUAAGAAUCCUUUGAUUCCUUUAAUCUAUUUUGACACUUUUGAUCCAAUUGUAAAAUAUUCGAAUUUAUAUGACGCUAUAUCAGAACUCAUUUUAAAUGUAUUUUUUAUUCAGUGUAAAGGCAUGGUUAGUGCCGUCUCAGAUAAUGAUUCCUACCUAAAAUAUAUCAGAUUUGUAUUAGUUAAUGGCUCGGGAUAUCUUUUUGAAAGAGUAAAUUCCACAAUGAAUGGGAUUGUGGAUUGCGAAACAGAAAGAGUAAAAAUGACUGGCAUAUAUAUAAAUGCUCUCUUAAUAUUUGGAUUUUUAGCGCUUGGGGUUCUGGUUCUGGUUAUUAUAGGAUAUAUAAUUUUUGUAUCACGAAAGCAGGACGAAUUUUGGAAUUUUAUUUUGAAUAAUGCGCAAUGGGCACUUGUUAAACUGAAGAGUUCGGCCGUAGACAGGCUGAUCCUCGUUCAUGGAAUUGAUUAUAGUAAAGAUUUAAAUAUGGAAAUAUCAGGAAACCGAAUAAAAAGAAAAGUGAAAACUUCUGUUUAUGUGCAAUAUAGCUGAAGACUUAUGGUUUUUUUCAUAAUUGCUGCUUCUUACUACCUUUUAAUUUCCUUAUACUUGUACCCAAAAUGCGAAAAUUUCAUGAUAAACCGUCCAAAGCUCCUUAGCAACUUUAAUAUAAGGCGUUCCACUCUUAGAAAACUAUCAAUGCUUUCCAGAGAAACUUAUUCCCAUUACUUUCAAAAAAAAGUUCCCCAAUAUUUUCAAUAUGCAAAUGGAUGAACAAGUGUUAAUAUGGCAUCAAUUAUUUUGAGAUUUAAAAACAAAGAACUCAGAGAAAGUGACUUAAAAAAAUUAAUGUCAAAAGAAUUAAGAGAAAGAAUCUAUAAUAAGGUAGAUUCCGAUAAAAGCAUCCUUGAUUAUGGGACAGAAGCUGCAAUAAAUGCCAUAAUUGGCGAUUGUGAAAAUCAGGGAUAUUAUGAAUUUAUUCCUCCAUCAAAGAUACUUGCAGUACUUGAUGAAGUAGUAGCAAUUCAAAACGAAAUAAGCCAAGAGUUUCUAUUAGCAGAUCGUGAUUCAAAAAAUCUUAUAAAUAAUGAGCUAGAUUCAAUUAUAAAUGUAACAGUGGCAUACUCAAUCUCGCUGAUUAUAUUAUAUACUUUCUAUUAUUUACCAUAUUUUAAUGGGCAAAUCAAGCAGCUUAAUAGGUUCUUGAUUUUGCCAGAGAUCUUACCAAUGGAUUCGAAUAAUAUGCUGUGGUAG